CUUGGACACUCGUUUCAUGUCAGAUCGUGUGUUCAGUGCUCCCGCUCCGUAGGUAAAAAAAAAAAAAAAAAAUUGGUGAAAAAUAAGGUUUCUCUUGGUUUCUCUUUCCUUUUUAUAUUUUUUUCAGAUUGUUCAUGAAGCAGUAUGCCGUCUACUGCUUCGUUUGCAGCAUAUGAUCAUGAUCCGUUAUCACUGACAGUCUCCCCGAUUAUGGCUUCCGUGGUAUUCGACGAUUACUCUACUUACUUUUCUCGAAGAAACACUACCAUGCUCGCUCAAACCUCCCCAUCUUCACCUAUUCCUUUUUCAAUGCACGAUAAUAAUACAACCACCAUCCCAAGCGACACAGAGGAUGAUCCAUUAAUAGGGUCAAAUGCAUCACUGCAAGCGCUCUCAGAAGAACGACUACAUCACUUAAGGCGAAGGGUACGCACGUAUCAUCCAGACGAAACCAAUGCGGUAGAACUCGCUAGAAGCACUGGGUAUGCUAGAGAACUGGUGCGAGCGAGAGACUCGAGACGAACCCGUUCAAGAGACAUUCACCACAGAGACGCUCCACUUCAAAGUCCUGGCACCCCACCUCAGCCUCCAUUACACGCCGAAUCCUUCUUUGCAUUUCUAUCUCAAAAUUAUCAUUGCAACUCUGAGCGGUCCAACUGUAUUGAAAAGCUGUGCGAUUCGUAUUAUCGUACACCGUUAAAGUUUAAAGUCGUCUUUGACGAUGGCGGUCAAUACAGUUCCCUGUAUGGCGUCGAAAACAUACUACGUAAUGAUGAAUCAGUCUACUGUUCGGAACGGCAUGGACCUGUGAACAUACUGUUGGGUUUUUGUGGCGAUAACGAAAGCAUGGUUGACAUGGACAAAAGCUGCGUCAUAUCUCAAAUUUUGAUCCAGUCGCCGCAGCACGGAUUCACCGCACCAUGUAAAGAAGGGCUCGUUUUCGUAUCUCACCAUCCCAUUGAUAUAUCAGACACCGAGAGAUUCGAUGAUUUCACAAAGGAAGAUUAUGAAGAAUAUAUUAGCACUCAUAAGGAUGAUGGAUCCGACGAUGUGUAUCCGUCAGCUUGGUUUACCAUAUCGGACGACAAUCAAGUGAUUGUCGAUCUUAAUUCGAGAUCGGGAAGAUUUGUAUUGUUCAAGCUUUUGCGAGCGAAUGAUUCCGCCGACAACAUUGAUAUCCAAUACAUUGGAUUGAUUGGUUAUUCUGGGCCACGUGCUUUUGGCAGCGCUCGUUUGAUUUAAAAAAAAUUAAUUCAAAACGCACGUUAUAUCCAUCGCCUUUAUUUAUGUACCGCUUACUAUUCUAAUGUUAUUUUAACAUGUGCUUG